UCUUGACACUUCAGGGUAAAUCACUCAGUUGACAUGUGCUCCUGUGCACACAGUGCAUACGAAUUCAAUUAAUGCAAYUUUUGUAGACAAGAAAAGGAAACAUACAGCAUGGGAGCAUCUUCYUCUGGGUUGCUGGAUGAGGCCAAAAUCAACCACAUCAAAGGUCUCAUUGACGRUACCUUUCAGAGCUUCAGUGGGUUUUACCGCCAGCAGUACUCCGUGACCUACCUUGGACACAUUCACCAGGAGUUGGAGCCUAAGAAAGAGGGGAAGGGCUUGUUGCUCACACAAAAGCCCAAGAACAACGGCGAUGAGGUUCUGUACCAGGGGAGCAUUAAGCUGUCCUCCUGGGAUGAGCAGGGAAAGAAAUCCAAGGAGAAACAUGUUGUUUUGAAGGGAGACUACAAAGUGGAAAUACACGACAGCACGGAGACUUUUAGUCGUGGAUCCCCACCUAAGCUGGUCCUGCAGCCGGCAGGGGGAGUUCUGUUCACCAGCGAGGAAGAGUCGAGAGCUCACCUGGAGAAAAUCUGUGCAGGAAUACUCAACGGAGUGAAGGAGGAUUCCUCUUCCUCAGCGGCAUCAUCUCCAGAUAUGUUUGCUGUAUAUCUGCAUGUGCCUUACACAGGCAACACCUGCUUCCUGUUUCAACAAGAAGAUGAAAGAGAUCACUUCCURUCUGUCCUCAGGACCUGUAUUAGACACCGCAACCUGGGUAAAACACUAACCUACAGCACAAAUCAACACACGGUUCAGGCRACCUACACYMUGGUGCUGGAACAGCUGACUGCAGGCUUGGAGGCGCUGAGGGAGGAGUGUCGUCAGGCCGCGUCGGCRAGCUCGGCGCUCAUCAUGUCCAACCUGGACCAGAUAAUGACCUCUCAGGACUUCCUGGUGCAGAAAGUCAGAGAGUACAUAUGUGAGGAAGCAGAGAAGGUGUGCAGCGAGUCUGUGAUGCCCUACAUGCCCUCCAUCAUCGAAGCGCUAACUGAACACAUCGGAGGAGGGAUUCUAGGGAUGCARGACACGCUCCGAACCCAGAUGAACUCCACCUUUACUCUCACGAAUGGAAAAGAGGAGGACACACAAAAGGCCUUGACCAGUCUGCGCUCCAUCAGUCUGGAUGAGAACUACACAAAGGUGGAGAACCUGAGCGAGAAACUGGAAAACUUAAAGCAGAGGUUUGGACUCGGCAGCGUGGAGAGGCUCGUUCACUCGGCACACCUGGAGAUGGAGCAGCUGCUGGACAGCGCCGUUUACACAUUGGAGCGGUUCUUCCAACCAUCAACCAGACUGCAAUCGUCUCAGGUUCCCGGCAAGAUGGAGAGAGCUAAAGAAAGAGUAUUCAAGCAGCUGGACUACGACAGCAGGGUUGUGCAGAGGAGGCUGUAUCAGGAGUCUCUGCUGGAGAUCGCUCUGCCUUCUCUCCUCAGCAAGAUGGACAGCAAGUACAAAACCGAGCUCCAGCAGUUUGAGCAGUACAUUUUCUCUGACUACAGCAGCUUUAUUCUGGUUCACAAUGUCUACGAUGACAUUCUGAGAAACAUCCUCCAAAAGGAGAUACACAGAGCACUCCAGGAUGCUGCUUGUAAGAAGAGUAAUAAUCUCUUGCUGGAUACGUCAGAUUUAGCCAUUAGUCAGUACAGCCUGCUGGCACARACGCCUCCUCGCUCUGCUCCUGACAGCCCAGCAGUUCAGUCUCGACACUCCGCAGAGGAGGAAAGUGCCGAUAAAGAAACCGCUCCCGUGGAGGAAGGUCGGAAYAAAACGCCUGACGUUUGCCCCGAGAGCGAUGCGGAACUUAAGGACGACACCAAACGUGAGCCCAGACCCGCUCGGUCCGCUGAUCCGAGCGCUUUGCUCCCGUCCCCUGUGAUUGUUGUGACGCAGCAGUUUGAGGAACAUGAGAGCAACGAGGGUCAGAGCGCGACGGAAACCAAAGAAGAGGAUAAAAGCGAGGCGGUAAUCAUGGCAACAGACACAACAGCGGUCGAGUYUUCCGGGGUGGACGGAGCUGAAGCUCAAGAAGUUGAGGCGGCUGCUUCGGGAUCCGCCGUCCAGGAGUCGCCUGAUCCCGCACCGCUUGUCCUGAUCCAGACAACAGAUGACGCACAAACUGAAGCUACGCCAAGUGCCGAAUUGAUCCAAGUAACACCCGAACCCUCGACCUCAGACCAGACUCCAGAUCAGGCAUCAGAGGAGAGCUCCUCUGUCCAGCCCCCGUCACAAACGCAGUCGCCCGGCACAGAGGGUCCUGUAAAACUCAGCCUGGGGUCACUAAGCGAAGCGAUUGCCCCAUGCUCCAUGGAGCCUKUGGUCCAGCAGACCACCGACAGGGCCGUGUACCUGACAGGCCAAAUAAAGGACGACUGGGAGGCUGAGAGAGCAACAGAGGAGAAACAGAGAGAAGCGUCAGAGAAUGACGAAAACGAAACCGGAGUUGAAGAGCAAGAUGGAGGACAAGUAGAAGGUGUAGCGCCAACAGGAGGUGAUUCUAGCAGCRCCGAUGUCUCAACGCCACAACAGCUGACGGAGAAGCAAGACGUUCUGGACGCCGAUCAGAUGGAUGGCGAGAGCCCAGUCGAAGCUGAGGCGGAGGAAGCGGACCAAGCAGAAGAAAAGCAAACCCAAGAGAAGGAGGAAGACGUCCAAAGUUCAGAGUCGGAUUCUGAUCCGUUGGACAGCGUGUCCAUCAUCAGAGAUCUGGUGACCGAGGUCAUCGAAGUGGAGACAAUCAUCAGCCCCUGUGAAGGCGGCGGCAGCAGCAGCCCGCCUCUCACAUAAACACCAAGGAAACGUCCACAAAGUGUAAAAAAACAAACAGAUAAUUAACAUAGAAAAAAAAACAAAUUACAACAAUACACUUAUUUGUAAAUGAUGCAUAGAGCAGAAAGGUUAAAUAGGUCAAGCCAUGCWUGUUUGUUCACAAUUUAAUCAAGAAAAUUUGGAGGAUUAAAAAAUGUUUUUUUGUUUUUAUUUAAUUCUGAUAUUUUGUUUAUAUUAUGUUCUGAUUUUAUACAGCUCAAGCUGCCAAAUAAAACAUGCUUAAAUAGCUUUCUUCUU